CACUGUUACGUGAGGCGCUGUGUGCUUCAAGGUUGAAUCCUUCUCUCAGUUGUUGAUUAGUCAGUAGUUGGGUUGUUUGUCAGGAAAUUGCACCUGUUGCCACCUGUCUGCUCAAGUGUCUGCUCCUACCGAGUGUGUACUUAAGGUCGUGCUGUAAGAGAAGUGUGCGCGUGAACCAUGAGCGUCAGUCAGCUGUUGGCCUCGAGUGAGAGGUGCGUGGAUGAAGGUCUGGAGGGUGUGGUGGCCGCUAAUCCAGGUUAUGUUCUUCUUCCAAAACAGCGCGUGGUGGUGGAGCGAGGGCGGGUGCUGCAGGGCCCUUGUAGAAGGAAUGGAGUGGCCCUGGUAUCCGGCGGCGGGUCUGGACACGAACCUUUUUCCGCUGGGUAUGUUGGUCGCGGGAUGCUGGCUGCGUCUGUAUCUGGGCACGUGUUCGCUUCCCCUCCCGCAGCUAACGUGGCCGCUGCUAUCACUGCUGUUGGCAAGGACAACCCAGACGGAGUGCUCGUAAUUGUCUUUAAUUACACUGGCGAUCGCAUCAACUUCGGCCUGGCUGUGGAGCGCUGUCGAGCUGCUGGGAUGAAGGUGGAAAUGUACGUGUCAGGGGACGACUCUGCCCUGACACAGCUGGAAGGCACGGCAGGGCGGCGCGGACUCUGCGGGACUCAUUUCAUUUUUAAGAUCGUCGGAGCGCUCGUGGCACAGGGAGGCAGUCUGGCUGAGGCACUGGAUACCUGCAGGAGGAUAAGUGAGGCCACGGGAACCAUUGGAGUGGCUGCUAGCGGCUGCACGCUUCCCGGGGGCACGGCACCUCUCUUCACUGUGGGGGCGGGGCAGCUGGAGCUGGGGCUCGGUGUCCAUGGCGAGGCUGGUGCCGCCACUAUACCAUCCGGGUCGCCUCGUGAAGUAGUGGCCGCUCUGCUCGCCCAUUUGACAAGGCAGGACUCCGCCACUCGACUCGACCUGAAGAGCGGUGAUGAGGUGGCCGUCAUCAUCAACAAUCUGGGCUGCCUCACGCAACUUGAAAUGACUAACAUCACCAAAGAGGUCAUCUCGCAGCUGAAGUCGCGGGGCGUGAAGCCACUGCGGGUGUAUCCAGGUGCCCUAAUGACUAGCCUGGACAUGAGAGGCUUCCACGUGUCAGUGUUGAGGUUAAAGGAUCCUUCGUGGCUUGCCCUGCUUGACGCUCCCACGGCGGCCCCUGCGUGGUGUGCCCCUUGCCUGGCUGAUAUGGAAGGGGAAGUCUUGGUUCCUGAUCUCGAACCCGCUCCGUGCCACGAGAAGAGUGAGAACAUCUACACACUGAGGGAGGAGGGCCACAUGCGAACAGUGCGGCAGUGUCUGGAGGCUGUGGUGGCCAAGAUGCCGCAACACGAGGAGAGUCUGAACGCUCUGGACGCUGAGUGUGGAGACGGGGACUGUGGGUCCACCUUCCUGCAGGGCGUAGCGGGUCUAUCAAAACAGCUGGCCUCUUUACCGCUGAGUCAGCCAGCUCGUGUCCUGUCCGUGCUGGCAGAAAUAGCCGCCACCAACAUGGGCGGCUCCUCUGGCGGGAUAUACUCCAUCUUCUUCACCGCUGCCGCCGCUACGAUGGCGUGCCCACGUGACUCUCACAGGGCCACGUGGGCCGCCGCUCUCCGUGCAGGGGUGGAAGCCAUCAGCAAGUACGGGGGCGCCGCGCAGGGGGACAGGACCAUGCUUGACGCGCUCGUGCCGGCAGUGGAGGCUCUUGAGGGCAGCAAGGCUCACGAGGACUUCACAACGGUGGUGAGGACCAUGGCGGGAGCUGCCGAUGAGGGUGCCCGUAAUACUUGCAACAUGAAGCCGAGGGCCGGGAGAGCUACCUACGUGCGACACGAGAAGCUCAAAGGGGAGGACGCUGGGGCGCGCUGUGUGGCUUUGGUCUUGGACGCUGUCAGUCACCAUUAGUCUCCUUGCACGCCCUCGUACUCCAUUAGAAGUACUAAAGCAGAUUCUACGUGUGUGUGUAUUUCUAUGUUCGAAAGGGGAGUCGAAACUGUGAACUUAAUUAAAUGAGAUGAAAUUUAACAGGCAAAUUAUAAUACAGGAUCAGAUAAGUCAAAAUAAAUUCUAUUCAAAGUAGAAUUUUCCUUUUUUUUUUGUAGGAAGGCAAAGUUUGUAGAUGAUUAUACAGGUGACUGCGUUGUGUACUAUGUUAAGCCUUUAUGUGCGUGUCGUUUUGCAUGUAGUAGUUCCGUAUUGUUAUCACGCGUGUUACUGCUAAUGGCAUGCACGACGAGUUUCAAUAGUAAUGUUAUGCAUAAUAACCCACACUAGUAUCAAUUACAUGAAAUUAAAUUCAACGGGGCUACUUAUUAACGAAUCUAUAUAAUUACCAGUGUUCCCAGUUUUAUUUGCAUACAAACAAAUGUCUAAACCACAAUUAUGUUGCCCACCGUAGCGCGCUAAUGUGGCGGAGACCAGCGGGAGGCAUUUGAACUAAAUAAAAGCUAGGCCUGACGCUGCAUAGUGACGCCAGGCAGAGCACAUGAUGAGCAUU